AUGCCAAGUCAAACGAAGAAAACUCAUUUCCGAACGGUGCAAAAUUUCAAAACUGAUUAUGCCCCUACCAACAUCACUCAAUAUGUCUCGGAACGUACUGGGAUGAAUGUUGUUGUGGUUGAUCAGAAAGGACCUCAAGUUAAUGGAUAUUUUGCAUUGGCCACGGAAAUUUUCGAUGACUCUGGAUCACCCCAUACCCUAGAGCAUCUUUGUUUUAUGGGAUCAAAAAGUUACCAGUAUAAAGGCCUACUUGAUAAACUUGCCACGAGAGCUUAUUCUAAUACCAACGCAUGGACCGCUACGGACCAUACUGCCUAUACAUUAGAAACGGCAGGAUGGGAAGGGUUUUCUCAAAUUCUUCCUGUUUAUCUUGAGCACUUGAUCUUACCAACACUUACCGAAGAAGGCUGCUACACUGAAGUACAUCAUAUCGAUGGUGAAGGUAACGAUGCAGGUGUGGUGUACUCGGAAAUGCAAGGGGUUCAGAACACAGGUUCUGAUAUCAUGGAUCUACGUGCUAGACAACUUCUUUAUCCCGAAAACAUCGGAUUUCGUUACGAAACAGGUGGACUGAUGGAAAAUCUGCGUAUCUUGACGCCCGAGCGAAUUCGUGCAUUCCAUAAAGAGAUGUAUCAGCCAAAGAACCUUUGUCUUAUUUUGAUCGGCGAAGUCGAUCAGGAUGAAUUGCUUGAUAUAUUAGACACAUUUGAGGAAGGUAUCUUAGAUGACAUUCCAUCUCCAACUGCUCCAUUCAAGAGACCAUGGGUGGACUCGGCUCAACCACCAGCACUCACAAAAACCAUAAUAGAGACUGUACACUUUCCUGAGGAAGACGAGUCAAUGGGAGAAAUUUGGGUUGCUGCUCUAAAUGUACUGCUCGCAUAUCUCGCUGGAUCUUCUGUUUCCGUCCUUGAAAAUGUCAUGGUCGAGAAAGAAGAGCUUGCGAGUUCCAUUUCAUACUGGAAUGACUUCCUUUUCGGAAAUAGGGAUGGCUCUACAUUGAAGGAUUUGAAAUCACAUGCCGAAUUUGAUACAAUCGGUAAAUGGAAUGAGCAACAAUGGAAAGAUUUCUUGAGGAAAUGGAUAGUGGAUGCAUCCCACGUUUCUUUACUCGGGACUCCCUCCGAAGCGAUGUCGAAGAAGAUAAAGAAAGAUGAGGAAACUCGAAUUGCGGAGCGAAAGGAAAAAUUAGGACCCGAGGGUCUCGAAAAGUUGGCCGCAAAACUCAAGGCAGCAGUUACUAAGAAUGAUGCCGAGAUACCUGCUUCGCUCUUGCAGAAGUUUUCCGUUCCUGGAACUGAUUCGAUUCACUUUCAUAAAUCUACUACAGCAAGGUCUGGUUUGGCUAAGAAAUUGGGAGCACCUAAGAAUGAGAUUCAAAAGGUCAUUGAUUCGCAAGCGUCCGAAGUCCCGCUGUUCUUACAAUUUGAGCAUGUUCCGACAAAUUUCGUUCAUCUGUCAUUACACUUUGGCACUUCCGAAAUCCCUCUAGAGCAUAGACCACUCCUCAGUCUAUUCAUAGAUAAUUUCUUCGAUACACCUAUCCUUCGAGAUGGAAAGAGAGUUGAGUUUGAGCAAGUCGUUACAGAACUAGAACAUGACACUAUCAAAUACGAAAUGAGAGGAGGGUCUAGUCUUGGUGAUGCGGAAGGUCUUAUGAUUCAAUUCCGAGUCGAGCGGGAGAAGUAUGAAACAGCUAUCGAAUGGAUUCGCACCAUGAUGUUCGAUAGUAUUUUUGAUGCCAGUCGUCUCAGCACCGCCGUCACCAAAAUCCUUGCUGAUAUUCCCGACAAUAAACGUGAUGGUAAUAACAUGCUUUACACCGCCGAUGGUAUACUUCACAUGUCUAAUGAAUCGAGCAUGAAAGCACGAACUACUCUUGUAAAAUCGGUCUACAUGAAGCGUCUUAAGAAGCUUCUCAAGAAAGAACCCGAAACUGUCAUUGGCUGGCUUGAAUCCCUCCGUAAAUCAAUCUUCAAAUUCAACAACAUCCGAGCCCUAGUCGUUGCAGAUAUCAAUAAACUUCCAUCUCCAGUCCAAGCCUGGAAUCCUCUGAUCUCCUCUCUCGACAAACCUACCCCAGAAACAGAUCUCCUUCCCAUUCGCAAACAACACGCGCUUCUCUCUCACGAUGGACAGAAUCCCGGCCAAGCAGGCGCCAUUAUCAUCCCAAUGCCUACGUGCGAUUCCUCCUUUCUCCUAACAAAUUCCCGUGGUCCAAAAUCCUACACCGAUCCUCAACUCCCUGCACUCCGCGUCGCUUUGUCUUUUCUUCGCGCCGUGGAAGGUCCAUUAUGGACUGCUAUCCGUGGAGCUGGUUUAGGAUAUGGAUCAUCAUUUCAUAAUGAUCUCGAUACAGGUUUUGUUCAGUUCAGUAUCUACCGAUCACCAGAUGUGUUCCGAGCUUUUGCGGCCGGAAAGAAAAUCCUUGAGGAAUACAUUUCAGGUGAGAAGAAAAUGGAAGAUGCAGCACUAGAAGCGGCUAUUAGUGAUAUAGUAGUUGAAGUUGUCAAUACACAAAUUACAAUGGAUCAAGCUGGGCAAGAUAAAUUCGUAAAGGGCGUUAUGAAGGGAUUACCUGAGAAUCAUAACGAAGAGUUAUUGAGGAAGGUUAGGGAUGUUGGUAGAGAGGAGAUUAGAGCCGUUAUGAAGGAUGUUUUAUUGAAAGCUUUUGAGCCGGGUCUAAGUAAUGUUCUUGUUACUUGUGCGCCAAUUAUGGAGGAGGCAAUAGUCAAAAACUUUCAAUCUCUCAACUUCAAAACUCAAGUCCGUACCCUCUCAAGUUUCGAAGAUAACUAUGGGUUAGCGGCUCCAGAGGAUGAGAAUGAGGAUGGGGAUGAGGAUGAUGAAGAUGAAGACGAGGAGAUGGAUGAUGAUGAUGAUGGAGAUGAUGAUGGGAGCGAGGACGAUGGAAGCGAAGACGGAGAAGAAAGUGAUGUAGAGAUGAAGAAUUAA